UCAUCCCUGCUAAGUGCAAUCCUGGGAGAGCUUCCUCGUGAUACAGGCACACUGAAGGUCAAAGGUCAGCUAACCUACGCAUCCCAGCAACCGUGGGUGUUCCCUGGAACCAUUCGCAGCAACAUCCUUUUUGGGAGAGAACUUAACCCAAAGAAAUAUGAGCAGGUCCUUAGAGCCUGUGCUCUGAAGAAGGACCUGGAGAUGUUCCCAGAUGGAGACCUAACACUGAUUGGAGACAGAGGAGCCACACUCAGUGGUGGACAGAAAGCUCGUGUAAACCUGGCAAGGGCUGUGUAUGAGGAUGCAGACAUCUACCUCCUGGAUGACCCUUUAAGUGCUGUGGAUGCAGAAGUUGGAAAACAUCUUUUCGACAAGUGUAUCUGUGGCUUGCUGAAGAACAAGUGUCGUAUCCUGGUCACACAUCAGCUGCAACAUCUGAGGGAAGUUGACCAGAUCCUGGUCCUCAAGGAGGUUUGUACUCCUGCAAAAGAAAAUUGCUUGAAGGAAGCCUGCCUCCUGCUUCUUAACCAUGCCAUUACAAUAAAUAAAGCAUUCCCACAACAGAAUCCUGCCAAGUCGGUCAGACUUGGCCUGACAUGGUGACAAUAACCUGAUCAGCUGCGACAUUAAAACCACAAAAAAGGUUCUCACCCAUUCAGUAAUGAACCUGGGCUGUUUAUGUCACAGUAUGGCUGCCGACGGACAGCCGACUGUGAGGAGUGAGGACGUGGAAGUGCAGACAUGCAAAGAGACAAAACUUGAGCAUAACAA